UUUAGAAAUUGUAAGUAAAAUUAAACAUUGCAGUGGAAAGUAAUAUACUAUUAACCAAAAGAUCAGCAACAAACAAACAAAAACUCCAUCUAUUUUUGCAUCAAUCAAACAGUACAGCUUCCACAUAAUUAAUCGAUCCUUACUUCUGUUUACUGAAAUCGGAAGAUCUAUAAUUGUUUCUGAUGAGUCAACCGGCGACCGCUUAGUCGCUUCCGGAACAAAAGUCAACUGUAGUUCUUAACUAUGGGGAUAAACGAAUUGAAGUGAGAGGCAGGAGAAGGUGAAUUGGAUCAAGGGGUCACCAGCUCGGUGUUUCCCUUGUCUGGUUUCACCUAACUUCCUGGCCAGAUUGGGGUUUAAGGUGGGCAAGUCAGAGGAAAUGGCUCGGAGGCUAGAGAGCACAUCAAAGGAAGAACUAAACCAUGUUCCUGCAGCACAACAACAGCAACAGCAACAGCAACAAUUGAGCUCUGGGGUAGAUGGAUGAAAAAUACGAGGUCGUGGUAAGGAUAAAUCUAACUUAAUGCUUAUGUUGGGUUGUCAAGAAGAUAUGGUUAUUCCUAAUAGAGUUGCGAGUGGUAGUACCGUCCCUGUCAUUCUAGCAGGGGCGACUGGCAUCGGCAAAAGCACUCUUGUCCAGACAUUAUUACAAGACCAGAAUGUAUGGAAACAUUUUGGCAAUCAUAUUUACUGGGUCUCUGUAAGGGGUCAGAUUGAUGACAAGAAGAGGCUCUCCAGUGCAAUUAUCCAAGCAAUUCGGAAACCAGUCCCUCCAUAUUAUGAGUGGGAGCCUCUGCGUAUGCAUUUAGAAAACUGCAUCAAGGGAAAAAAGUUUCUGCUUAUUCUUGAUGAUGUGUGUGGUGUUGCCAAGGUGACAUGGGAUGAAGAACUGAAGCUUUGCCUUGGUGCUGGCGCACCAGGAAGUAGAAUUCUGGUUACUACCCAAGAAACAGAUCUGGCAGAUAAGAUGGGUUCUUCCAGUGAAGGUACUCUUCAUUUAGGCCAAUUAUCAGAUGAGGAUUCUUGGUUAUUGCUUUCUGAUAUAGCCCUCCCAGGAAGAACAAAAGAGGAAAGUAGAGACUUGGAAACUAUUGGCAGGGAGCUUGCAAGAGGAUGCCAAGGCGUACCUUUUGUUAUAAAAACUUUAGGGUACUUCUUGCACGACAAAAAAACUAUACAAGACUGGAAGAAUGCCCUUGAAAGUGGUAACUGGGCGUGGAAUUCUGUAGAAGAAAAAUUUAUACCACCACCUGUGCUCAUCAGUAGUGACGCUUCCACUGUCAACUUAAGAGGAUGCUUCAAAUUCUGUGCUUGCCUACCAAAUGAUUAUGAGAUAGACAAACAUGUUCUUAUCAAACUGUGGAUGGCGCAAGGCUUUCUUGAUCGAAAGCUAGGUGACCAGAUGGAGAUGGAGAUGAAAGGUGAAGAGUAUUUCAACAUUUUAGUGAUGUUCUCUUUCUUGCAAGGUUAUGAACGAGGUGGUGUUGAUGAUCAAAAGAUAAUUCGUUACAAGUUUUACCGUCCCCUGCAUGCUCUUGCUCAAUCUCAGGCCGGAAAUGAGAGUUGUUACAUGGAAAAUGGAACAAGUUUCUGUUCAACGAUGCUCAAAUGUACUAGUAAAUGCAGUAGUAAGACGCGCCACUCAACUCUAAUAUUGGGAGAUGACGUUGUGGAUUCCGUUUCUCCUAUCUUAGACCAAGCAAAGAAGCUACAAGCGCUAAAGUUCAUCAAGUCAAGCAGAUGGAACCCACUUAGGAUCCCGCCAGGUGCAUUCCAUCAGUUCAGACAUCUAAGGGCGUUAGAUAUGAGCUACAUUGGGCUUCCUGAUUUAUAACCUGAGAUAGAGAAGCUGACGCACCUAAGGUAUGUUAACUUGUCCGGUUCGAAAUUCCUAAAACUACCCGAUACAGUUUGUAAUCUGGAGUAUCUGGAAUCCUUAAUUCUCAACGACUGCGAGGAACUUACUAGACUUCCUCAGAACAUAGGAAACAUUACUAAACUGAGGCAUCUUGAACUGAAAAAGACUCCAAAACUUCAAUACUUCCCUGAAGGUUUUGGGAGGUUAACUGAUCUUAGAACAUUGACUAAGUUUGUCAUAGAUGCUCCAAGCUCAUCAAGAAAAGGUGCCAAGAUUGGAGAACUAAAAGGAUUAAACUUAUUGCAAGGGCACCUUGAGAUCAAGGCAUUGAAUAGAGUGAGAAGUGGUUCUGAUGCGAUGGAAGCUGCAUUGGUGGAUAAGAAACAUCUCCGGUCUCUGUGUCUUGACUUUGAGCGUAACCUAUCGCGGAACCCAGAAACAAUAAAGAUCAUGGAAGAUGUACUUGAAGCUCUCAAACCCUUUCCAUAACUGCGGAACAAUGUACAAAUCUGCAACUAUCUCAGUUCCAAAUACCCUACAUGGAUGUCUCCAGGAGAUUCACAUCAAACUGAAAAAAAUAUGGAAGGCAUGAGUACUACCUUCAUAUGGCAGAAAUCAGACUCCCUCCUCUUUUAUUGUAGACUUCUUUAAUUUUUGGGCUCCUAAUGUGAAUCAAUAUUGGAUUUCUGUUUGGUUUGCAGUCUGGUUAUGAUCGGUAAUCGAGUAUCCCAUCUAAACGGCCUCAGAGAACCGAGAUGGUACCGCAGAUUGAACAGCAGUGGGUUGUCAACGUCCAUUUGAAUCAAAAUAAUUUAUCUGAAGAAGCGGAACAAUUUUUUGGUUCGAAUAUCUUUUAGUUUUUUUCGUUUCUUAAGAUCAAGUUGGAUAUAAGUGUUCUUGUGAAGUACUGAGUUUCGCAUAUGCUUAUUGAUAUUGAUACUCCAGGUUCUCCAUCGGAAUUUACGGGUUUACUUCUGCAUUUAGGCAGUAAGUACAGGUAGUUACAGAAUACAUGUAAAUAUCAGUUCAUUUGAUGAUGUACACAUAAAAGUCAUAAAACCACAACUACUGUCAAGUGUCACCUAGAAUUAUUCAUGUUCUAUGUGCACAAAUGAUUGAGUCAAUAAUGAGUGAUCUAAUGGAU